GGUGUGAGAUAAGAACGUGGAACGUCUCCUCUUACCUACCUCAUCCUCCCUUUCCGCCCAGGCGCUUGAUGUAUAGGCAGGAACCAUUUUGUGUGCUGCUCGUCUUCUGCGAGGAAGCGCUUAGCGGUGAGGAGGUUGUAAAAAUGUCCCUGGGGUGGUGGCCGGGCGGAUCAGGCCCAGCCGCCAGGCCCCUGUGGCGCUGGCGCCGUCUUCUCCAGAUCCGUGAUGGCGGGGCCCCGUUCCCGGCCCUUGCGGAAUCGACGUCGGGCUGCCGCAGCCCUCUGAGGGAGCGAGACGCCGGCGGUAGAGUGAGUGCAGAAAGCUGUUGCAGAGCGGGGACUUCGGGGAGCAGUGGAAGAGUUUUGGGAGGAUGACUCAGCAGGGAGCUGUUCUUCAGGGUUACAAUAAUGAGCUAGUGAAAUGCAUUGAAGACUUGUGUAUGCAAAAAGAAGAACUGAACAAGCAAAUCCAGCAAGCAGAAGAGGAAAAAAAUAGACUCCAGCAUGAAAUCCAGAUCCUGAGUGAACAGCUGGAGUGUGUAUGUGAAAACCUGGCCCAAAAAGUAGCUUCACGGAAUGAGCUUGAUGCAAUUCUUGCUGAAACUGAAGCUGCUUACAUGAAGAUUUUGGAUAGUUCUAGAACUUUACUCAAUGUCCUGAAGAAAGAGGUGGGAAGCUUAAAGCAUACACCAGAAGUGAAAACCAAUGUAACAUGAAACAGUCAAAAGUUUGGACUCCACAGUGCUAGAAUUCUGCUAGGUGAGAAAUGUGGUUAGCCACAGAACUUUACAUCAACAGUAUAAACAGAGAGGGAUUUUUCUUCCAACCUUUCUGUAUGUUUUGUUACUGUUUUUAAAUGCGUUAGAAAAUAGAUGAAAUAAAGUCGCCUUUUUGCUGUUAAAAAA